CUUAAUUUAAGUACUCAGAUAUUUAUCCAAACAUUAUUGCUAUGGGAUUUCCUGCAGAAAGACUUGAAGGCGUAUACAGGAACAAUAUUGAUGAUGUAGUAAGGUUUUUGGAUUCAAAGCAUAAAAACCAUUACAAGAUAUACAAUCUAUGUGCUGAAAGACAUUAUGACACCGCCAAAUUUAACUGCAGAGUUGCACAGUAUCCUUUUGAAGACCAUAACCCACCACAGCUAGAACUUAUCAAACCCUUUUGUGAAGAUCUUGACCAAUGGCUAAGUGAAGAUGACAAUCAUGUUGCAGCAAUUCACUGUAAAGCUGGAAAGGGACGGACUGGUGUAAUGAUUUGUGCAUAUUUAUUACAUCGGGGCAAAUUUUUAAAGGCACAAGAGGCCCUAGAUUUCUAUGGGGAAGUAAGGACCAGAGACAAAAAGGGAGUAACUAUUCCCAGUCAGAGGCGCUAUGUGUAUUAUUAUAGCUACCUGUUAAAGAAUCAUCUGGAUUAUAGACCAGUGGCACUGUUGUUUCACAAGAUGAUGUUUGAAACUAUUCCAAUGUUCAGUGGCGGAACUUGCAAUCCUCAGUUUGUGGUCUGCCAGCUAAAGGUGAAGAUAUAUUCCUCCAAUUCAGGACCCACACGACGGGAAGACAAGUUCAUGUACUUUGAGUUCCCUCAGCCAUUGCCUGUGUGUGGUGACAUCAAAGUAGAGUUCUUCCACAAACAGAACAAGAUGCUAAAAAAGGAUAAAAUGUUUCAUUUUUGGGUAAAUACGUUCUUCAUACCAGGACCAGAGGAAACCUCAGAAAGAGUAGAAAAUGGAAGUCUAUGUGAUCAAGAAAUCGAUAGUAUUUGCAGUAUAGAACGUGCAGAUAAUGACAAGGAAUAUCUAGUACUUACUUUAACAAAAAAUGAUCUUGACAAAGCAAAUAAAGACAAGGCCAACCGAUAUUUUUCUCCAAAUUUUAAGGUGAAACUGUAUUUUACAAAAACAGUAGAGGAGCCAUCAAAUCCAGAGGCUAGCAGUUCAACUUCUGUAACACCGGAUGUUAGUGACAAUGAACCUGAUCAUUAUAGAUAUUCUGACACCACUGACUCUGAUCCAGAGAAUGAACCUUUUGAUGAAGAUCAGCAUACACAAAUUACAAAAGUCUGAUUUUUUUUUAUCAAGAGGGAUAAAAAUACCAUGAAAACAAACUUGAAUAAACUGAAAACGGACCUUUUUUUUUUUUUUUUUUUUUUUAAUGGCAAUAGGACAUUGUGUCAGAUUACCAGUUAUAGGAACAAUUCUCUUUUCCUGACCAAUCUUGUUUUACCCUAUACAUCCACAGGGUUUUGACACUUGUUGUCCAGUUGAAAAAAAAGGUUGUGUAGCUGUGUCAUGUAUAUACCUUUUUGUGUCAAAAGGACAUUUAAAAUUCAAUUAGGAUAAAUAAAGAUGGCACUUUCCCAUUUUAUUUCAGUUUUAUAAAAAGUGGAGGCAGACUGAUGUGUAAACGUAGGAAUUUUUCCUUUUGUGUUCUGUCACCAACCUAAGUGGUCUAAAGAGCUUUGUGAAUUACAGGUUCACAUCCUACCCCUUUGCACUUGUGGCAACAGAUAAGUUCACAGUUGGCUAAGAGAAGUUUCUAAAGGAUUUUGCUACCUUCUAAUGCAUGUAUUUGGGUUGGGGGAAUGGAGGGAAUGCUCAGAAAGGAAUAUAUUUUAUGCUGGACUCUGGACCAUAUACCAUCUCCAGCUAUUUACACGCACCUUUCUUUAGCAUGCUAUCAUUAUUAAUCUGGACAUUUGAGGAAUUGGCCGCUGUCACUGCUUGUUGUUUGUGCAUUUUUUUUUUUUAAAGCAUAUUGGUGCUAGAAAAGGCAGCUAGAAGGAUGAAUUUGUAUUGGGGUACAGGAAUGAACCUUUCGCAACAUCUUAAGAAUCCACAAAUGAAGGGAUAUAAAAACAAUGUGGGCAUAGAUAAGAAACACAGCAACAAUGACUUAACCAUAUAAAUGUGGAGGCUAUCAACAAAGAAUGGGCUUGAAACAUUAUAAAAAUUGACAAUGAUUUAUUAAAUAUGUUUUCUCAAUUAUAAUGACUGCUCCAUCUCCUGUGUAAUCAAGGCCAGUGCUAAAAGUCAGAAGCUAUUAGUACCUACAUCAGUCAACAACUUACACUUACUUUAUUAGUUUUCAAUCAUAUACCUGCUGUGGAUGCUUCUAUGUGCUGCCUGCAAACUUCCUUUUUCUCAUUAAAUAUAAAAUAUUUUGUAAUGCUGCACAGGAAAUUUCAAUUUCAGAUUCUACAGUAAGUGUUUUUUUUUUUCUUCAAAGAUUUAUGAUGCACUUAUUCAAUCCAGUAGCUGUCAGCUGUUCCACCCUUUUGACCUUACACAUUCUAUUACAAUGAGUUUUGCAGUUUUGCACAUUUUUUAAAUGUCAUUAACUGUUAGGGAAUUUUACUUGAAUACUGAAUACAUAUAUGUGUAUAUUAAAAUUGUGUUAAAAAGGAAAUUAGAGUUGCAGUAAAUUUUCAACACUGCACAAAUAAGGCAUUUAAUUUUUCAGUAGAAAUUGUUCUACAUAGGCUUUAUUGAUUUGCUAUUGAAUAGUUUUUUUAAUUUUUUUUUUUUAACGUGCAGUGUUAAGUCAUUUCAUAGUAUUAGAAUUGGGACUAGGGCUUCAAUUUCACUUCUUAAACAUCAUAUAUUUGAUAUGCCCAGACUGCAUAUGAUUUUUAGCAGAGUACAAUGAGUAUUGUAAAGCUAAUGUGAAGAUACUAUUAAAAAGGAUUUUCCCCCAGAAACUUGGUAUCUUUCAAAUUAUACCUUGACCUUGACAUUUGAAUACCUAGCCAUUAUAUUUCUUAAUGGUGUAGAAUCCCAUUUUCAAUAACUUAUUGGUGCUGAAAUUGUCCACUAGCUGUGGUCUGACUAGUUAUAAUUUACAAAUACAGAUUGCAUAGGACCUACUACAACAGCAUUUAUAGACUUUAAUGGUAAAUAGAUUAGGCAGAACUUCAUCUAAAGUUUUCUUGGUAAAUAAUGAUGUUUUCCAUACCUCAUCAAUUUCACUCAACAAAGUUUUUAAAUUUUUAACAAAGCUCCUAGGAUUUACACAUUUAUAAUUAAACAUUGAUAUAUAGAGUAUUGAUGGCUCAUAAGUUAAAUUGGUAAAGCCAGAGACAUCUAUUCCUAAAAUCUCACCAUUGAAAUUUAUGACACCUUAUGUUUCAUAAAUGCUGAAAAUAAUUGACUAAAAUGAGAUAUCUAUUCCUGUUUUGAAAUUAGUUAUUAAUAUUGUUCUUUAUUAUAGUUUUGGGCACAGCAUAUUAAAACGUAACUUGUAUUGUUCCAAUAUGUAACAUGGAGGGCCAGGUCAUAAAAAAUGAUAUUAUAAUGGGCUUUUGCACUGUUAUUAUUUUUCCUUUGGAAUGUGAAGGUCUGAAUGAGGGUUUUGAUUUUGAAUGUUUCAGUGUUUUUGAGAAGCCUUGCUUACAUUUUAUGGUGUAGUCAUUGGAAAUGGAAAAAUGGCAUUAUAUAUAUAUUAUAUAUAUAUAAAAAUAUAUAUUAUACAUACUCUCCUUCCUUUAUUUCAGUUACCAUACCCCUAGAAUUUGACAAGAAUUGUUAUGACUGAAAGGUUUUCAAGUCCUAAAAUUUAUUUUUGUCAGUAUUCAUAAUUAGCCUGAAAUACAUUCUGUAGGUAAUCUCUCCCAAGUUUCUGGAAUGUUUUCUUAGACUUUUUGGAUGUGCAGCAGCUUACAUGUCUGAAGUUACUUGAAGACAUCACUUAAGAAAGCUUACAUUUGGGCCCUGUACCAUACCAAGUCCUCUGUAACUCCUCUUGAACAUUUUUGCCAUAAUUAUGAAAGGGUAGUUGAAUAAACAGCAUCACCAUUCUUUGCUGUGGCACAGGUUAUAAACAAAUAAGUGGAGUUUACCGGCAGCAUCAAAAGUUUCAGCUUUAAAAAUAUGAGUAGGGUACAAGUUACAUGUUUAGUUAUAGAAAAUUUGUGCAAUAUGUUCAUAACGAUGGCUGUGGUUGCCACAAAGUGCCUCGUUUACCUUUAAAUACUGUUAAUGUGUCAUGCAUGCAGAUGGAAGGGGUGGAACUGUGCACUAAAGUGGGGGCUUUAACUGUAGUAUUUGGCAGAGUUGCCUUCUACCUGCCAGUUCAAAAGUUCAAUCUGUUUUCAUAUAGAAUAUAUAUACUAAAAAAUUUCAGUCUGUUAAACAGCCUUACUCUGAUUCAGCCUCUUCAGAUACUCUUGUGCUGUGCAGCAGUGGCUCUGUGUGUAAAUGCUAUGCACUGAGGAUACACAAAAAAAAAAAAUGUGUACAGGAUAAUGCCUCAUACCAAUCAGAUGUCCAUUUGUUAUUGUGUUUGUUAACAACCCUUUAUCUCUUAGUGUUAUAAACUCCACUUAAAACUGAUUAAAGUCUCAUUCUUGUCAUUGUGUGGGUGUUUUAUUAAAUGAGAGUAUUUAUAAUUUCAAUUGCUUAAAUCCAUUGAAAUUUUAAAUAAUGGGCAGCCAAAUAUGAUUAAGAAGUUUUCUGUAUCUUUUUUUUCCCCUCUGCUGUCCUUUAAAACCUACUAUUUAUUUUAAAAGAAUAGCCUUUGUCAGUUUCGGAGUAGAGUAUAUGUCUACUCAUGUGGCUUUUCUUUAUAAUUCUGUAUUCUGCCAUCAACAUAUGGGAAGCGUCAUCUACUCAGUGUGACUUGUGCCAUAUAAAAAUUGAUAUUCCAGAAUAGUCUAAAGGACUUGUGUACUUGAAUUUAAUCUUGUUAUUUGUUAAUAUUCUUGAAAGAUUAAAGACUAAGGCAUAUCCUUUCAACAAAACAUUAUAAGGUAAUAAGUAAAAGUAUAGCUUGUAUAAAUGUUCUACAAAAGUAGACAGACCACUAAUGUAACAGUGGAAUUUAAUGUUAUUUCAAGUUUUACAUGUUCUCUGUGUGACUUUUUAAAAGUAAUGUGAAUGAUGUGUAAUAAUGUAAAGAAGUAUGAAGGCAUGUGUGUAUUCACACACUUUUUUUUUAUAGGAGUACUAAUUACUAUGGUUGGAGAUAAUACUGGAGUCAAAGUAUUUUGAUUUAUAAGAAAAUAUUUUGGUGAUGUUUGAAAAAUAGGAGUUUACUGGCAUUUUGUUUUAUAUCAUGUCCUCAAUAUGCUGUAAUCUGAGCUAGCUUGGUUCAAGUGAAUGCCAUCACCAUUUCCAUUGAGAACUUAAAAAUCACCAGUGUUUAACAUGCAGGCUUCCAAAAAAUCAAGACCCUUAACGUUUAAUUUGCUGUUAACAUGAAACUCUCUUGGUUCUUAUAUUUUUGCCAGAUAAUUAGCAAUACAUCCAAAGUUUACUCUUAAAAAUGGCUUAACAUGUAAUUUUUAAUUAACAGUUGCUAGUGUAGAGAGAAAUAUUUUUGAAGAGAACAGUAAUAGUCCAAACUGGUAUAGGGACAGAACCUAAAAACUAAUAAAUAAAAUAAUGGAGAAAAAAUUUUGAAGAUGCGAAGUAGACACUGAUUUUCCUCUAGAAUUUUGUAACGAUAGGUAGAUUGGUGGUCAGGUAAAGUUACUUUAAUCUAACUUUUUUUUUUUUCUUUCUUUCCAGUACUGGGGAUUGAUCCCAGAGGUACAUUACCACUGAGCUACAUUCCCAGCCCAUUUUAUUUAUUAUUUUUGAGACAGAGCCUCACCAAUUUUCUGAGACUGGCCUCAAACUUGCAAUCCUCUAGCUUCAGGUGAUCCUCUAGCUUCAGUUACCUGAGUCACUGGGAUUACAGGCAUGUGCCACUGCACCCAGCCUGUUCUUCCAUCUUUCAAGAUCUGUUAAGUGUGUUAGAAUGUAGGUAGCCACUGUGACAAAUUUGAUGUUGGUUGGUAGCUUUAAAUGUUUGUAAUGUGAAGAAAGGAAAGGACAAAAUAGUUUUCACUGGUAGUACUCUGGUUCUUAAAUUGUCUAUUUUUAGAAUACUUUCCCAGCAUAACAACAAAAUAAUUAUAAUCCCACCACCUGGAGACAUAGCCAUUAUUAAUAUUUUAGUGACUAUACAAUCGUUUUUUCUGUAUAUUCAUGUAUAUAUUUUCUUUAAAAAUGGAAUUUAUACUGUGCAUAUUCUCAAAGCCUUUUAACUUGGUGUUUCCAUCAUGAAUUUGUAGAAUGUUCCAUUGCCUCAGAAAGUGAGCAGUAAGUUGAUCACUUUCUAAUGCUACAGAAGCAGAUUUUGUGUGGUCACUGAGAGUCCUUUCCAAUUCAGUCGGUUAAUCAUGAAUGUUUAAAUAUUGUUGGCAUUAAAUACAUGUCUAAGUAAAAGUUACAUUUAUUUAGCAUAGUCAAGCUUAACUUCAAGAGCCAUUUUAAACAAAGCAGAAUGCGUGAAACACUGUUAAUUUCAUCACCUUUCUAUUCCUCUUUUUAAUUUUUUAAAUUCUAAUUUGUUAUAUAUAUAUGACAGCAGAAUGCAUUAUAAUUCAUAUUAUACUUAUAGAGUAUUCCUCUUUUAGAUUGGAAAAAAAUAACUUUGGUUUUUAUAGUUCCCAAAUAGUUGCUCAGUUUGGAGCAAAUUAGUUUAAUCACACACACACUCCCCCCCCACACACACACACAGAAGUAAAACUGCUUUUAUCACUGGUUUAUCACUCAGUUGUCUUCAAAUCUGUGCUCAUGUGACUUAUAUCAAAAACUUGAAGUUUCAUGAAUACUUACCCCUCUUUGCUCUGAAACCAUGUUUAGUACUAAGGUGGGUUUAGAACAUACAAUUCUUUUUGACAAUUAUUUGAGAAUUUUGGUGGAAAAAAACAUUUUAGCUGAGGGCAGUAUAUAACUUAUAAACCAAUGUAUUGAUACUUUAAAAAACUUUUUACAUAUAUGAGUGAAGUUAACUGCCAUCUUUGAGCAUUACCACAUUUUAAAAUAAAGCUGCCUAUUUUUAAAUGAAGUGUUUAACAAGGAUUUAUAUUUCUCAUUUUUUAAGAUUAAAAAUAAUUUAUAUUUUCUCUGUUGCAUGUGGAUUCUUAUAAUGUAGAGAUUUGUUUGUGUGGAAUGGAGCAAGGCUUGUAGUCAUGGCUCUAGUGAUUCAGUUUGCCAAAUUUGUUUAGUGAAAUUCUUAAUGUUUAGGUGUGGUUUUCUGUAGCUAUCACUGGCUAUUAUUUAUAUGCGCCUUUAGGAUUUUCUGCGUAUUCUAUAGAGUUGUCCAAACAGUAUCCCACAUUUACAAAUGUCCUUUCAACAUCUAAUUUCUGUGUCCAUUAAAUUGCCCUCAUGCCCUAAUGAGCAGUUUGUAAGUGUGUGCAUGUGUAUGUUUGUGGGUUUGUGUAUGAGUGAAUUAGAUUUUCAAGAAUGCUAAACUCCAACUUAAAUAGUUUGGUUCAGGCGAACAUUUCUCACUGGAAUUUCACAGUUCAUUGUAAUGAAAAUGUUAACCAUAGAUGACCUUUGACAUACGGUAAUGAAUCUUGAAUAUAAAUGAAUUGUUAGUAGCAUCUUGAUAUAUGCAUUAAUGAGUUAUUUUAAAAGUUGUGCAUUAAACCAAAGUUGGUGUUUUGAAAAUGUUUAUAUUGAGUUCCAUUUGGCUACUGAUGGACAUAAGAAUAGAAAUGCCUUCCUAUGGAGAGUAUUUUUCCUUUAAAAAUUAAAAAGGUUAAUUAUUUUGA